AGGCAUUUCGUCGCGAAGCAUCAGCUUGUGUACAAGGGAAUUUUCUUUGUCAUUAGUGCUACAUUAAUCCCUCCUGGGGAGAGAGAAAGACAGCAGCAGCAACAUAAUUCCCCCAUUUAAUGUGUUAAAAGUGCAUACGUGAGUGCAACCAGAGUUGUGUGGUGAAGUUAAAACAUUUUGUGCUCUCUGUGAGAGCCAUUGGAGUGGAAUAUUCCACAGAGUCGUGCGUGCCAUUGAAUUGCCCUCCAGUGUGGGACAAUCUCUUUAUUUUUUUCCUUUAAAAAUAUACUCUUUGUGCUCCCCCUUCCCGGAAACACUCCCCACGCCCUUUGUCUGGUGAAUCAAGAUAAGGAAGGAAUGCCAAAGAAUUGCAGCAAAGACUGUCUAGGUAUUCGAUACCGCAUUAACGGCCUCCACCAGGGAUUCAAGUGGCUCCAUCAAACUAUUGAGCUUCACGAGUACCUCAUCUCCAUGACGUCUGAAUUCACGGACAAGUCCGAUUCAUCCUGCAUGCGGAAACAACAUUAAAUUCAUCAUAAUCAACUGCUAUACACCAAAUAAAACUGCCAACAGGAGCAACAGCACAUCCUCCUGAUAUUCAGUGUUUGCCAGCAGGACUGCCCACAAACAUCCAGUUGAAACAUUUUGUUUAAUCUUUUUACCUCUUUGGUGUGAAAGGAGAAAAAUCCAAUCAGCAAAUAAUAAAAAUAGACAAAAAGUAGGAAGAAUCCUGCAGGACAUAUAAUUUUUAUACCUAUAAUUUUAUGUAUAAAAGACCCUCCCCCGCAAAUCUCUCAAAGUGAACUUUGAACAAUCAACCCUUAAGUGAAGAAGACAAAACUCGUGAAGUUUUAGCAUAAAUUCGUGCGUGAUUUGUAGCAGAAGUGACGUGAAAGUUAGCACAGAGCCCCCAAGGUGCCUUACUGAUUGGAAAAUCCACUUCCGGACCGGCGAAAAAUCGUGAAUUUUUGUGAAUUUUAACACAAAGAAAGAAUGGCAGCAGCUAUUGUGAGAUUCCGCGGAAUAGGCCUAAAAGUCACGGCCUUUGUGCCCCAUCGUGGGUUCGCGUCCACGCUCGAUGGCACCAAAGAUGGUCAACCGGAUGGAAUUAAGAAAUCCGUCUUUAUCUCCCAAUCAUCGGAUAUUUUUACGAAUUUAGCCCUCGAAGAUUGGAUUUAUCGGAAUUUCAACUUCAAAAAUCACCACAUUCUCAUGCUUUGGAGCAAUAAUCCGUGCGUUGUAAUUGGACGUCAUCAGAAUCCCUGGGUGGAGGCAAAUAUUUCAGCACUCGACAGCAAUGGGAUUGUCCUGGCGAGGAGGAAUAGUGGCGGUGGGACUGUCUACCAUGACCGGGGUAAUCUCAAUUGUACCUUCUUUACACCACGCGACAGGUACAAUCGCAAGUACAACCUCAACCUAAUCACACGAGCUCUAUUCCGUGAAUGGAGCAUCAAGGCAGACAUCUCCGAUCGCGAUGACAUCCUCUUCCGGGGGAAAAAGAUUUCCGGAACUGCAGCAAAGCUGGGACAACCAAAUGCAUACCAUCAUUGCACUCUCCUUGUUAAUACCAACAAAGAUCAGCUGCAUCAGGCUCUUGCAAAGGAGCAGAAUGAUAUUCAUAGCAGAGCAACAAAGUCUGUGCCAGCACAAGUGAAGAAUUUAACGGAUGCCAACAAACAAGUCAAUGUGCCACAAUUACUCUCAGCCAUUGGGUACGAAUUCUUACGCACAAAUGCCACGGAGCUCAUUGACGGUGGAAGGGAACUGGUGAUGAAGCAACGUGGCUUUCAGCUCAUUAAUCCAACUGAGAAGUGGUUUCCGGGCAUAACGGCGCUCAAGGAUAAUUUUGAGGCAUGGGAUUGGCGCUAUGGGCGCACCCCUAAGUUCCACGUGGAGAAGAUGAUUGAACUGAAGUCCAAGGAGAAGAUUCACAGCAUGAAGUUGCACGUGGACGUCGAGGGGGGCAUCAUGACGGACAUUAAGCUCAUCCUGGGGCACGGCGGCGGUGAAGGAAUCCCCGUUGUAUCGAGCCUCAAGGGGCGCGAGUACAGUGAUGACAAUCUCAAUGGGAUCAUUGUUGCCCUCAAGGGGGUCAGUGCGGAAAAUGUGAAGCUUGCAAUGAAUAAUUUAUGAAGCUUAAUCAUUGAUAUGCCUUUGAAGUGAAAGAAAAGAAUUAUAAAAUCAAGUAUUUUCCUCGCCCAAAAGAAAAAAAAUAAAAGAAAAAUUGAAAUUUCUUCAUGAUGCUGGAACCUUAAUUAGAAAGGAUUAAUUAAUAAAAAUUUAAUAAGAAAUUGAGAAAAAUCGAAAGACUGAGAAUAAGAACCAAUUACGAAGAGGAGUUGUUCACUAAAAGAUUUUUUUUUAAUUAGAAAAAAAAAUGAACCUCUUUAUUAAUUCAUUUAUAUUUUUAUUUUUAGUCUAUGUUGUUUUGUUCUUUUUUUACAUUGCAAAACAAACGUAUAAUUAAUGAUUUACAAUUAAAUUUAACAAUCAUUUAGGCAGAAGUUUGCUGGAAGUUAACCCAAGCUCAUGUAUUUAGUUUUUAAUUUUUGGGAUUGUUUGAUUUUCUUUUCCAUAUUUUUUUUUUUUAGUUUUUAAGAGUAUUAACACGAAAAAAAUGUAAUUUUUUUUCUUUUCAAGAAUAUAACCAUAUCAUUUUGCAUCAUUGUGCCUUAUUAAUUUCAAUAUUUUUUAAAUUAAAAAUUAAUUACUUUAGGCGCAUUGAAUGUUGCGAAACUCUUUCCUUUUAUUUUUAAUAUUUGCUGAUUGAUUUUUUUGUCAAUUUAUGUUUAGAAUUUACGCAAUGAAUUGUAUGGAAUUUAAUGCAAAUUAAAUGAUUUUGAUUUUGUGGAAAAAU